CACGGACACAACUCCGUCGGUCAAGUUGGCGAUGGCCGAGGUGACGGCACUGACAAAGCGGCGGGAAAUCGUGCGCAAUAGCAUGCGCCGACACCGAGCCAUGAAUAAUAGGGUCAUGCAAGAUCUCCAAGAGCAAGUGGCGUUCUUAGAAUCCGUGUACAAUGCCCAUGUAGCGUCGAGCUCGUUGGACAAAUGGGAUGCUCGUUUGGACAGACUUGCGGCGUCCACUCAGUUCUAUUUGCACCAAAACAACCUCCUCUUAGACGCGCUGCGUCGUCGCGCCGCCAUGAACGAGUCGUUGCUUCGUAUGAUGCCUCGUCUGACGGACAUGCCAUCCUUGCUCUACGACGACCAGUUCAUUCAGUCGCAUCUGGACGAGCUCAAGUCGACGUUGUUGACGUCGUCCGACUAUCGUUCGUUCCCAUCGGUGGCCAACACUUCGAGCGACAGCACUGACGGGUGGAAGUCCGCGACCGCCGCCACCAAGUCAAGCGUGCAGUACAAGUCGACCAAAGUGUGCCGCCACAUUGCGGCGCCAGCGGUCGACCUGUGGCUCCAGAUGUGGACCAUGUACGCCAACGUGCAGGCCAUCUCGAAAAUGGGCAAGACCGUCACCUCGGCUCGUGUAAUAUGCCACCACACGCUGUGUUAUCAACACGACUUCUUUGUAGCUGGUUCGACUUGUGGACCUCGACACCGUUCUGUUUGAAGUGACUAUGGCGGAGCAGCCUCGCGUCGUACUGCUCCAUCGGUUUCACACUGGGUCGGCGUUCUACUUUGCGCGCGUCGUUUGCGACAAGGCCGCGAUCGGCCUCGGCCGUCCCCACGUGUACCACAUGAACCUCCUCGAGUUGGAAGACCAACCACGUCGGGGAGACGUGUCCGUGAUGAGCAAAGGGGUGGUGUCGCUUGACGUAGUUGGGCCGGCCCACGCCCACGCGGUGCUGGCCCAAAACGUGUUUCAGCUGUGUACGUACGAACGGCAUUUCCCCCACGAUGCAAACGAAGUACGAUCUGGUACUAGUAGUACUGGUCAAGUGUAAAUUGCACCACCAAGAGUAAACGAGUCCAGUUUAUCCCCCAUAUGGCACCAUGCGUUAAGCGAGUAAUCUCUCGUACGAGGCAUACGUUAACGUCAUUUGAACAACUAACAUGGAGGAGCCUCAC